AUGGUUGCACUCCGUUCGACGCGGUCGUUACCUGGUUGUUUGCCUCUCUAUGUCGGUAUGCCCGUCAUUCUGCGCCUUCGUAAUUUGUCAACCGACCUUGGUGUUACGAACGGCGCGCAGGGUUUCGUGCGCAAGAUUUUGACAGAAGAAUGUCCCAAUGGGCUGCCAUACGCAAUCUGCGAGACUUUCCUGUCACGCCAGUUAGUUGGACAUUCACGACUCUCCUCCAAUGUUCAGAUGGGGCCUCAGAAAGGUUGUGAAUAACUCGUCAUCAGCUUCCAAUCCAACCAGUGUUUGCAGUCACAGGACAUUCUGCUCAAGGGAAGACACUUCCG